AUGCCUGAGAAAGUGUGCCGUGAUCUUGCACCAGAUUAUGACUUUCUACAAGAGAUUUGCAAAGUUGUUUGGAGUGUAGAGAUUGAACCGGCUGAGUUUGAAGAGAGGUGGGCUAAGGUUAUUAGUGAAUUUAAGUUGGAAAACCAUGACUGGUUGUUGCAGAUUUAUGAUAAGCGUGAAAUGUGGAUUCCGGCUUAUUUUAGGGAUUUAUUCUUGUGUGGUAUUAUGAGAACCACAUCUAGGUCAGAGAGUGAGAAUAACUUUUAUACUAAGUUCGCUAAUCCACAUCUUACCCUUGUUGAGUUUUAUAUGAGAUUCGAAAGUGCAUUAGAUGCUCAACGCCAUACUCAAGGUGAAAAUGAUAAUUCUUCUAAACAUAAACAUCCUGAGUGUAAGACAUGUUCUGCCAUAGAGAAAUUUGCUUCUGAAGUGUACACGACAACUGUUUUUUAUGAGUUUCAAGACGAGGUGGAAUCAGCUCUUUUCUCUUGUGGUCUUGAUGGUUUUAAGAAAGAAUUUGGAUUGGAAGUUUAUACUAUUGGAGAAGGUUGUCGUGUCCGCAAGUUUGAUGUUCUUUUUAAUGUUGAAACAUUUGAUACUAGUUGUUUAUGCAAGUCAUUUGAAAGGCAAGGGAUUCCUUGUAUGCAUAUGGUUUGGGUUUGGAAGGCAAAACAUAUUCACAAAAUUCCUGAGGCUUAUGUGCUUAAUCGAUGGAGUAUAAUGGUAUGUAAGAAGCCGAUUUUUGAUUUAGAAGGGAAUGAGUUGGAGCAAUGUGUUCAAGCUGUAGAUAGGAAGAGAUUGUUGAAUGAUUUGUGGUGUGAAAUUCACUCGUGUGUGAUUUUGGCCCAAGGGAAUGAAUUGACACUUAGUGCUCUUGUGGACAAUCUUCGAUCAUUGAGGUUAGAUUUGGAAUCCCAAAGUAGUAUUGUUGAUGGAUCGAGUGGUGGUGUUUCUAGCAAAGCUCAAGAUAUUGAAUUGCUUAUUGGAGCUAGCGUGCCUACUGAAAUUUUGAUCAAACCGCCUAAAGUUUCAAAGAACAAAGGGACCGGGGUUCAUGUUCAAGGUAGUGGAAGUGAUAAACGGUUGAAGAGUGAUAAAGAAAAAGCUGUUGAGCAAAGUCAGAAGAAGAAGAGGUUGUGUAAAGGAUGUAAGAAGAUGGGUUACCAUGAUAUUCGUAAUUGUCCCGAAAAAGAGAAGUAA